AUGACAAAGCCGAAUGCUAUGCCUCCAGCCGGCAACUACGUCGUCGCCACCCGCAACAUCGCAAAGGGCGACGUUCUGAUCUCGCUCCCGCGCUCGCUCGCCAUAUGUGUGCCCACCAUCACGGCAUCGCCCCACGGCAAGGCUCUCGCUCCGCUCGUCGAUGCCCACUCGGCCGUCGCCAUGGCCCUCUUCCUCCUCCACGAAAAGGCAUCCGGCCCGGCUUCGCCCUGGGCGCCCUGGAUCGCUAUCCUCCCGCGCUCCGUCGAUGCACCACACGCGUGGUCUGCUGUCCAGAGAGCAGUCCUCGCUGGCGAUCCUGUGGUGGCCAAAAUCGACUCGGCCCGCACCGCCCUCCUCGCAGAGUACAACAAUCAGGUCAAGCCGUGGCUCGCCCGCCAGCGCUCCGGCCUCUGGGCCUCUGCCCCGCACGCUUUCUCGCUCAAACGCUUCAUCUGGGCCCGCUUCAUCCUCGACUCGCGCGCCUGGUUCCUCCAGGGCGUCCGCUACCUUGUGCCCAUGGCUGACAUGUUCAACUUUGCGCCAUCGGACGUCCAGCUCUCGUCCGCCGCACGCUCCACAACCCGCGGCGCCACCUUUGCUGCAUCGCAUCGCGUCAGCACCAGCUCGGUUGAGGUCCUCGCCGAGGCCUCCGUGACGCGAGGCGCAGAGGUCACAGAGUCGUACGGCGACAACGAUUCGAGCGUCUACUUCCGCUACCAUGGCUUUGUCCCGCGGCUCAAUCCGGACAACUGCGUCCCGCUCCGCCUCGGCCCCUUCUCGCCCUCCUCGCAUCCGACCCUCUUCAACGUCCUCACCCCGCUCCUGCAGGCCCUCAACAUUCCGCGCAAGGACUCGUUCUGUGCCUAUGAUGCAGACUCGCCGCUGAGACAGAUUCCCGCCUGGGCCCGCCUCCUCGCCCUCCUCGCCGCAGCCUCGCCCGCCGACGCAGCCGCCCUCGCCGCCCGCCACGCUGCCGCCCCGGACGCCACCCUCGCCGCUCUCCGCGACGCCGCAGCCUCGACGCCAUCGGCAUCCAUCGCCGCCGCCGCUGCCGCCGCUCUCGACGCGUACCCCACCUCGCUAGGUGAUGACGAGGCCCGCCUUGCCACCCUCGACGCCAUCCCGCCUGCGCAGCAGACCAAGACUCACGCCCGCGAAGCUAUGGCCCUCCUGUUUAUCACGCAGCGCAAGCGAAUCCUCCACCAGCUUGUUGCCGCUGGGCCCGAGCCUGGCGUCGCUACACCCUCGCUCGCUGACAUUGUCAACGCGCCACGCUCUGCUCGCAAACGCAAGCGCAAGCGCAAACGUGCCCGCAACUGAGCGGAUGUAACCAGGUCGCGUGCUUGCACGCUCGAGGGCAUUUACCUGCGUCCGGCCUCGGCCUCCUUCAACGCGUCGACAAGCACCCGGUUUCGCUCCACAACCUGGUCAAUCUUGUCGAGCUGGACUUCCAGCAGACUCGCCGCCCCGUCGUCGGUCCGCACCACCGCCUCGGCCCAUCGCUGGAGCUGGACCGAUGCCCGAAGGGCAACCACGAGUGCGUGCUGCUCCUCGCCGACGGCGAGGCAGAGCCGUGCUCCGAUCGCCGCCACCUGCGGCCCGUGCUCUUCAGCAGGGAGCAGCUCGCCCAGACUACACAUCUGGGUGUACACCUCGGUCACCUUGUGGGUCUCCUCAGCCCAGCCGGCGGCGGCGAGGACCCGGUCGUCAAGCGUCGCUGCCGCGCGCCACACAGCUUCCAUCCAUGCCUCGCGCUCUUCAGGCGCCCGCGCCUCGAGUGCUGCUGCCGCUGCC